AUGGGCUCCGUCGGAAGCCAGCGCCUCAAGGAGUCCAGUGUAGCGGGCACUCCUGACAGGACUGUGGUGACCAGCUUCGGCUUCGAAGGCCUCCAGCUGGAGGCCAGGGCCGCAGCGGCGGAGGCAGCUCGGGAGCAGGGCCUUAGGGCCAGGGGCAUCCUGACGUCCAUGGACUCUGAGGAGGAGCCAGUGCCCGAUGACCGCUACCAUGCCAUCUACUUCGCAAUGCUGCUGGCCGGCGUGGGCUUCCUGCUGCCCUACAACAGCUUCAUCACCGACGUUGACUACCUGCACCACAAGUACCCAGGGACCUCCAUUGUGUUCGACAUGAGCCUCACCUACAUCCUGGUGGCCCUGGCCGCUGUGCUCCUGAACAACGUCCUGGUGGAGAGGCUGAACCUGCACACCAGGAUCACCACGGGCUACCUCCUAGCCCUGGGCCCCCUGCUCUUCAUCAGUGUCUGUGACGUGUGGCUGCAGCUCUUCGCACACGACCAGGCUUAUGCCAUCAACCUGGCCGCGGUGGGUACCGUGGCCUUCGGCUGCACAGUGCAGCAAUCCAGCUUCUAUGGGUACACGGGGAUGCUGCCCAAGAGGUACACGCAGGGGGUGAUGACCGGGGAGAGCACCGCGGGGGUGAUGAUCUCCCUGAGCCGCAUCCUCACCAAGCUGCUGCUGCCGGACGAGCGCGCCAGCACGCUCAUCUUCUUCCUGGUCUCCGUGGGCCUGGAGCUGCUCUGCUUCUUGCUGCAUCUGCUGGUGCGGCGCAGCCGCUUUGUGCUCUACUACACCACGCGGCCGCGGGACAGCCGAGGCUGCCGGGCGGGCUACCGCGUACACCACGACGUCGCCGCAGGGGACAUCCACUUUGAGCACCAGGCCCCUGCGGUGGCCCACAGCGACUCCCUGGACAGCCCGGCCCAUGAGGUGGCCGGCGGCGGGGGGGCCUACAUGCGCUUCGACGUGCCUCGGCCCCGAGUCAAGCGGAGCUGGCCCACCUUCAGAGCCCUGCUGCUGCACCGCUACGUGGUGGCACGGGUCAUCUGGGCCGACAUGCUCUCCAUUGCGGUGACCUACUUCAUCACGCUGUGCCUGUUCCCCGGCCUGGAAUCCGAGAUCCGCCACUGCGUGCUGGGCGAGUGGCUGCCCAUCCUGGUCAUGGCCGUGUUCAACCUCUCGGACUUCGUGGGCAAGAUCCUGGCGGCCCUGCCCGUGGACUGGCGGGGCACCCACCUGCUGGCCUGCUCCUGCCUGCGCGUCGUCUUCAUUCCCCUGUUCAUCCUGUGCGUCUACCCCAGUGGCACGCCGGCCCUCCGCCACCCGGCCUGGCCCUGCAUCUUCUCGCUGCUCAUGGGCAUCAGCAACGGCUACUUUGGCAGUGUGCCCAUGAUCCUGGCGGCGGGCAAAGUGAGCCCCAAACAGCGCGAGCUGGCAGGGAACACGAUGACGGUGUCCUACAUGUCUGGGCUGACCCUGGGCUCCGCCGUGGCCUACUGCACCUACAGCCUCACCCGCGAUGCCCACAGCAGCUGCCUCCGCACCGCCAACGGCUCCAUCUCUGCCGGCCCCUGA